UGUUAAGUUCAUUGCCUUUAACUAUGACACCCCAAGAUACAAAUGCGAAGCGCAACAAUUAGAUUUGCAAAUAAAGCUUUGCUUGAGCAACAAGGCAGAAAUACCUUCAUUACUUUGCGUUAGGUAAGAUGCCUGCGAAUGGCCUUGACCAGCAGGCGUCGGGCAGUCCGGUCACAAGCUAUGGCGUACUUUCAAGGGAACAGCGCAAACAAAUGUUUGGCUUGGACUGCCCAGAGCAGCUGGAAUGGCGACACUGGAACCCGGGAACGGAGUACGUCAAGCAGCUGGUGGUUAAGAAUGUCAGCACGUCCAUCCUUAAGAUGCGCUACAAGCAGCCUACCAGCAAAGCCUUCUCGAUGGACUUCCCGGAGCCCUUUAAGCUGCGUCCUGGCAUGAGCCAGCCCCUAAAGGUUGUGUUCCGGCCUCUGAAGCUGCAGCACUACUCGGACGCGGUGGAGCUGGUGGUGGGCUCCUCCUCCUUCCUGGUGCCGGUGCAUGCGUACACGCCCGUGACGCACAUUGAGGUCCCUUCCUCCCUGGAUUUCGGCUUCACGCCCGCCAAGGAGACCGCCUCGCUGCCCCUGCUGGUGCGCAACACGGGCGACGUGCGCGUGGAUGUGAGCUGGCGGCUGGAGGCGCCCUUCGUCAUCACGCCGCCCGGCGCCAGCCUGGGGCCGGGGGAGGCGCUGUCCUUCGCGGUGGCCUUCACGCCGCCCGAGGCGUGCUCCUACACGGCACAUGCGGCGUGCGAGCUGGCGUCGGGGGCGGCGGCGAUAUGCAAGAUCUCCGGCAUCGGCAAGUUCCCGUACCUCUCCCUGGAGCAGCCCGGUGUGGACUUUGGCCCCGUGGUGGUGGGUCAGCGCGCGGAGCGGGUGGUGCGCUUCGGCUCGCACUCGCUGGUGCCCGCCAACUUCCGAGUGGCGCAUGCGGAGGGGCCGGACGACGGUGUGUUCAGCGUGGGGCCCAUGAAGGGUACGCUGGGCCCGGAGGAGUACAGCGUGCUGAAGCUGUCGUACACGCCCAAGAGCACGGGUACCUUCAGCUCCGAAACCUUCACCAUCAGCACCGCCGGCGGCAACACCGUUUCCCUCAACCUCCGCGGCACUGCCGUAGCGCCCACCGUCACCCUCUCCGCACGUACCUUCCACUUUGGCAACGUAGCCGUCGGUUCCUCUUCCUCCCGAGUGCUGUACAUCCGAAACCACUCUGCCGUACCCGUUCCGUACGACUUCCAAACCGACCCGCUGGACGUCUUCUCCAUCAGCCGUGUACGCGGCGUCCUGGCGCCGGAAAGUACGGCACACGUGACCAUUACCUUUCGCGCAUCCGUCGCCGCCAACUACUGGCGUCGCCUGGCGUUGCUGCUCAAAGACUCCGAGCCGCAGGGUGUAGACCUGAUUGCAACCGCCUUCUCAGACAAGUCCCGGCCGCCUCCCCUCGCGCAACGCCAUGUAGAACGCUACCUAGCGCGGGUGGCCUCUGGGGCCUCCCCAGUUGAGGAAGCGCAGCUAGAUUCCGCGCCGCCCUCAGCGGCGUACGAUUUGUACGGCUCCGAGCUGACGGAGGCGGCGUUGGCGGCGGCAGCCGCCGACGGCGCGGACGGCGGCGACGCCGCCGCCGCCAGCGGCAGCGAGCCCACCGGCGGUCGGUUGUUGGGUCCCGACGGUUGGUCGUUGGUGUUUAGCGGCCAGGACCCCGCGCGUGCAGUGGAUGUGGACACGGAGGCGCUGGACUUUGGUUCCUGCUCGCGACUGAGUGCGUGCGAGUACCGAAGUGUGACGGUCACCAACACCACGGCAGCCAAGCUGACGGCGUUUGUGGUGGUUCCGGAGUGGCUGGAUCCGGGGGCCCCGCCCGGGGAGGCGCCCAAGCCGGUGUUCCAGGUGUUCCCCGAGAGUGUGGACAUCCGGCCCCGGGGCCAGGCGGUGUUCAAGGUGGCGUUCCGGCCGCCGCGUGACGCCGCCUUCUUCAGCCAGACGCUGGUGCUAGUGGCGCACGUGAAGAGCCACAGGAACUUCAGGUUGGUCGCGGAGCACCAGAUGCUGCCCUCCUGGGCCGUGCAGCUGCGCGCCAGCGGCAACACCUUCCUGCACUGCAACCCCGAGUUCAGCCCCAAGGUGGAGCUCUCCAGCCGCUCCGUGUCCUUCCCGCCCUGCCGCCCGGGCGAGCGGGUGCACCAGACGCUGCUCAUAGCCAACUCGGGGGACACCCCCGCGGCAUUCAGCUUCGGAGCGCCGGGCGCGCUGGGGCCGGCGUUCAGCGUGCGGCCGGCGUCGGGAGUGGUGCCGCCGAAGGGGCAUGUGCUGAUUGCUCUGCGCUUCAGCCCCGCCGACACCCGCCCCGUCGCCGCCACCGCCCUGGUCACCUUCAACGGCGUCGCCUCCAACGCCGUGCCCGUGCUGCUCCGCGGCUGCGCGCACACUCCCCGCCUCACCACCGACCUCCCCUCCUCCACCCUCUACUUCCGCCCCACCUGCGUGGGCGCAUCCAGCCAGCGCUCCAUCACCCUCCACAACCCCAGCCGCGUGCCCGUGGCCUACACCUGGCGCCUGCCGCCGCGCCUCGCCGGCCUCGUCACCGUCAGCCCCGCUAGCGGCGCGCUGCGGGGUAACGAGUCCGUGCAGCUGAUGUGGUCCUUCACACCCGCGGCGCAAAAGGUGUAUGAAGGACGUGUGGGGUGUGUGGUUUCGUCGCCCAUGGAUGUAGGCGGGGGCGGUGGCGGCGGUGAAGCCGCCGCCGCCGCUGCCUCGGACGCCGACGGCGUGUGGGUUAGCGUAGUGGGUGAGGGCACUCAGGGCGCGGUGGCUCUGGACCCGCCUGCGUUGGAGCUGGGUAACCUGCGGGUGGGGCACCCGGUGCGGCGGACGCUGGUGCUGCAGAACGUGAGCGACGGAGUGCUGCGGUACAGCCUGGAGGUGGCGCCUGGGGAGGAUGAUGAGACGCCGGCUCCCGACGCCACCAGCUGCGACUUCACAGCGGGUCUCGACAGCGCCGCCACCCUGGCGCCCGCCAGUGCCGGUCUGGAGUGCUGGGUAGACGAGCCCGAGGGAGCGCUGCCGGCGCGCGCCUCCAAGACCGUCACCGUCACGCUCUUCCCGCGCUUCCGCAAGCGCUACAGCCUGCAAGUCCGCUGCCGCAGUAGCACCGUGUCGCCGCUGUUGGUUGGUAACGGCGCGCCGAAUCGGCCGCCGUCAGGCGGCCGACUGUCCGCCGCCGUCACGACAGUCGCUGUCGGCGACAGCAGCAGCGGCGGGGCGGACGUCGCCGCAUUGCCGCCGCCGGUCAUUGCACCGCUUACCGCAGUUGCUGCCUUUCCGACAUUGGAAGUAACGGAUGUAUACUGUGAGGGGCUGCCCAAGCAGUUGCUGUGGCAGUUGCUGGGCCUCAACGACCUCAACUACCACCUCCGUACGGAGGUUUCGGUUACUGAGAUCCGGCUGCGUUCCGCGCAAGAUCGCGGCUCACUCACCACCGAGGCCGCCUGCGCCGCCAUGCGCCCAUUCUACAUGGAAUUCGGAACCCAUGGACUGUACGGCAGGCCCCGUGUCGUACACGUGGAGAUCUCCAACCCCACAUCGUUGCCGGUUAGUUGGCAGUUGCACUCCUUCGACGACCCAGAUGGCGUGGAUCUCGAAAACUGGGUGGAACCGGGACGUCCGCGUUCCGAAGAAGAACGCAUGCGGGACCUCAUCUCAGAGCACAAGCUCUUCGAACUGCGUCCCCGCAGCGGCAGCUUGGAGCCAGGCGCGCGCGCAACGGUAACCGUCGAGUUCCGUCCCUUGGUCGAAGGCGUGUUCGAGCUGCCCGUCUUCCUCCACAUCACGGACGGCAAGCGGCUGCGGUUGCAGCUCCAGGCCGUCACCACUCCCGAGCCACAUCAGCUCCUCGCCUUACCCCCGCCCCUGCGUACCUUCCGCUUGGAGCCGGUGGCCCUGGGCGACCCCUCGCCGCCGCUGCAGAUGUACUGCUUGCACUGCGGCGGUCCGGCUCCCUUGCAAUGGCGGUUGGACACAGGGCCUCUGGCCGCGUUGGCUGCGGAGAGCUGGGGGCACCGGGUAUUGGAGCUGGUGGGGCGGCAGGAGGGGGAGGUGCCGGUGGGCGGAGUGGCGGCGGUGAACUGGAGGUUCUCACCGCUGGAGGCUAAGGAGUACUCCGUCCGUGUGCCGAUCCUGCUGGGCGACGGCGGCAUGGAGAUCAUAGAGCUCAUAGGCCGGGGCUUCGCGCCGCGACCCUCGGCCGCACACGGCGCCGCGCCUGCCGUACCACUCGCUGCCACGGCGGCGGAGCCCGACACCAGCUUGUACGACGACGCCGAGGCGGCGGCGGCGGCGCAGGAAGCGGCGGCGGACCGCGAGUGGGCCACUUGGCGGGGCCUGAGCUGCGCACCCAGUGCGGGGAUGGCGGGGCGGCUGGCGAUGGUGGAUCAUGAUGUGGUGUCAUUGGGGGUGACGCCGGUGCGGGGUCUUACCCGCCGCAUCAUCGUCCUCACCAACAAGUCCCGCUACCCGCUCGCCUUCGAGUGGGACCUUGCGGCACUGGCGCCCCCACCCGGCCUCAGCAACAGCAACAGCGGCUUCAACGCCUCCUCCGCAUUCUCCCCACAGCUGCCCUCAGCUGACCUGCUAGACGGUCGGCCCCUGCAAGCCGCCCUCGCCAUCACACCGCCCUCCGGCUCUCUAGAACCCGGGGAGCGGCUCGUCUGCCGGGUUGCAUUACAUGCGGGCGUUACGCCGCAGAUCUUCGAGGGGGAGGUCAGGUGCAAUGUACGGGUUGAUGAGGAGGUUAUGGAGGAGGCGGCAGCGGCGGCGGCGGCAGCCGCUGCUGCCGCGGAACCCCCGCCGGCGGUCCCAGUAGAGGUGGUUGAGGAGGUGAUUGCGGAGAGUCCGGCGCGGACGGGGCCGCCGCCGCUGCCGCCGGCGGCGGCGGCGGCGCAGCGCGCCAGUCGGCUGCGCAGUCGCCUGCCGGUGCACGCCUACAUGACGACGGCGAUCCGGGCGCGGAUAGAGCCGCUAGCGCAGCAGUUUGCGGCGACGCUGGAAGCGCGAGAGACGCGGGCGGCGGAGGCGGCGCGCGCGCCGCUGAUGGUUCCGGAGCCCCAGGUCAUUACGGUGACGUUGUCGGGCCGCAUUCUGAAUCAGGAGCAGCUGGCGGCGCUGCGAUACGUGCCGCCACAUCAGCGGGAGCAGGCCCGGGCGGCGGUGGCGGAGGGCGCUUGCUGGAUUCCGCCAACGCUGGUACCGUUCUGGGAACAGAAGAAGGCGGUGUCGGCGGAAGCGUCAGGGGUUUCGGCGGAGGCGUCGGUAAGCCUGGCAUCUGGGUACCAGGCAAGGGCGGAGGGGUCAUGGGCAUCGGCGGAGGCGUCAGCAGCGGAUAUGAAGUCGCCGCGGCAGAUGGCUUAUGGGUCGGCGGGUGGCGGGGGAGGAUCUUGGCCGCGGCUGGAUCCUGGCGCCACCGGCGGCAGGGGAGGCGCCGGUCCGUUGGAUUUGGGAGUCAGUUUGCGGGGUGGGGCAGGUAACAUGGACGCAUCACCCAGGCCCGUGACCCCCGUCAUGGCGGGAACGCCGCCGGACGGAGCCACCCGGGGAGGCGGCCCUAACAGUGAGGCGGCGGAGGUGUCGUUUGCCAACGCACCUAGUCGGGAUCGACAGCGCUCCUCCGCUGCUGCAUCAUCGCAACCACGGACGCUUGACGGCAUUGCCUCCGCAUCGACAGUGUCUACUCAGCCGUCGACAGGAAGUCUUCACGCUGGCGGCGAGGCCAGCGGCGGCGAGAUCUCCGCCGCCGCGGAUUCCACACUUGACGGCGCAGUCGAGGGUGCCAACGGCGGCGAGCUUCCUCCGCCGCCACCGCUGCCGCCGCCGCCGCCAACCGGCGGCGGCGUUGACUACGACGCGAUGGUAUCGGCGCGUGAGAUCCUCUCUGGUUUGUUCUCCGAGCUCAUGGAUGAUCCGGACCUCCAGCGCGCGCUUGAGUUCCUGCCGCCACCAGAGGUGCCAAGCUUUGCGGAGUUGCGGGCCAAACCGCCGCCAUGCUAUGACCCACGGGUCCGUGCCGAGGCCGCGGCUGCUGCUGCAGCCGCCGCCGAGGCCGCCACGCCAAGCCCUCGUCCCUCUCCUCGAGCGUCUCCCCGCCCCAAGGUGCUCCCCUCACAACCCUCGCCCUCCAACUACAACCCCUCGAUAGCUGGUCCGCGCCUGAGCACCAUUCCUCCUCCACAGCCUGCUGCUGCCUCACCUAGGUCAGCUGCCACAGCCACCACGGCUGCCGUACAAGCACCUGUAGCAGAGGCCGCAGCAGCACCACCCAGCUUGGAAUCGGAGAUGGAAUCAGAUCCGGCCCUGCGGCGGGUGUUGGUUAGUCCCGAGUGGCAGAUCCUGGCGGAUUUCGUGCUGGAGAGUGCUCUGCUGGGCCUGAUGCAGGAAAGCGCGGCGGGAGACUGGGAGAUGCCGCAGCAGCAGCCGGCUGAGGACGCGUGACGAGGCGUCUGGUAGUCUGGACACGUAGUGCUUGGGUUUAGGGACUAUGUCCAAGUAAUGGGAGUAUCGGGAGUGGGGUUCGGGAUCGGUUUGCUGGCUGUGGUAUGUGCGGGGAGCCCUGUGGUGGUAUGUGAGGGAAGCUCUCGUCAGAGGGGGUGAAGGGCAGUCGAGUGCCUGUCACGUGACGGGCACUCGGUGGCGAUGGGAGGACUGCCAGCAAGUCUGGAAGUUACUAGAAGCAUACGGAAUGGCACCAGCAGCCAUCUAUGUAUUACUCCGUCCGCUUGGUUCGUGGUACCAUACCCGGUAGAGUGCCUUUCGGCUAAUAGCGAAUAAUAUGUUACUUAUAGACGCUUGAAGGUGGGAUGUGGAUGGGGCUCUUACAUCUGGUCUACAACUGCCGUGACCUUCCUGAAUGACUAUCGUACGUAGCUUUUGUGUGACGGGUCUCGUGAACCAUUCUGUGUGCGCUGACUGUGACUGGAUGGCAGAACGACCUUUCAUGCAGACAGGCUUACAUGGACUAAUAGCUGAUACAGGAAUGCAUGCUCAUCGCAUUCGCUUGCUAAGCGAAGCUGCAUCCCGAGCGCCUUGCAAGCAGACAUGUAC